CCCCUGGCGCGGUCGCCAUGGAUACUGGCGGGGGGAGGGGUGGGGUUUAGAGGAAGCGGAAGUGUCAGAGCAGGCGGAAGUGGUACUGCCCUGAAUACCCUGAGCAGCGAGCGGAGGACGGCUUGAUUAACUCCCAUCGUUCAGAGAAUAAAAUCGGGAUUUCUAGUACGCGCUAAAUCCUCAAAAUGGAUAAGAACGACCUGGUGCAGAAAGCCAAGCUGGCCGAGCAGGCCGAGCGCUACGAUGACAUGGCGGCUGCCAUGAAGGCCGUGACGGAGCAGGGCGUGGAGCUCAGCAACGAGGAGCGCAACCUGCUCUCCGUCGCCUACAAGAACGUGGUGGGGGCCCGCCGCUCAUCCUGGCGCGUCAUCUCCAGCAUCGAGCAGAAGACGGAGGGGAACGAGAAGAAACAGCAGAUGGCCCGCGAAUACCGUAUGAAGAUCGAGGCUGAACUCCAAGAAAUCUGCCACGACGUGCUGAAUCUGCUCGACAAAUUCCUCAUUCCCAAUGCAUCUCAGGCGGAGAGUAAGGUGUUCUACCUCAAAAUGAAAGGAGACUACUUCAGAUACCUGUCAGAGGUGGCCUCUGGGGACUCAAAGAAGGACACGGUGGACAGCUCUCAGCAGGCCUACCAGAAAGCCUUCGACAUCAGCAAGAAGGACAUGCAGCCGACACACCCCAUCCGGCUGGGCCUGGCCCUCAACUUCUCCGUCUUCUACUACGAAAUCCUCAACUCGCCCGAGCAGGCCUGCACUCUGGCCAAGCAGGCUUUCGACGAGGCAAUCGCCGAGCUCGACACCUUGAACGAGGACUCGUACAAAGACAGCACGCUGAUAAUGCAGCUACUAAGGGACAACCUCACUCUGUGGACAUCAGAAAACCAGGGAGACGAGGGCGAAGCCGGCGAUGGGGAGAACUAGAGCGCACUUCACUGUUGACCCAUCCCCACUCUCUUCCUCCUCCUCCUCCUCCUUUGAUCUCUCUUCCUCUUCCUUCUCUUCUUCCUGUCUUCAUACACAUAAAACAGCCCGUUCAUUCCCCUCGUCCCACUUUUUCACGCCCAGCCUCCCGACCUCCCUUCUGUAUAACCUACAGCAUGAAUAGUACCUGACCUUCACAGACAGAUGGGAAAAAAGGAGAGGGGGGGGCAAGAGAAAGUACUCCAUCACCCCACGAUCCCUCCAUCCCUCCCUCCCCUCGAUCAUGGCACUCCAAGGCAGACCAAACUGGUCCACGUCGUCGUCUAGCACGCAGGGAGGGUUUUUAUCCAGAACUACAAAAUAAAAGCUUCUUUUAGGGCCCACACUUUUUUAAUCUUCCUCCUCCAUUCCUUCCGCUCUUCCCUCCCUCCUGACAUCCUCCUAACCCCCACCCUCUAAUGAGUUAAUGCACAUAUAUAGUUGUCCACUACCCCCCCCUCUCUAUUGAGUUAAUGCACUUCUCUAGUUGUCCAACCCUUCUCUUUUGGCUUUUCUUAGUGUACUAGCUGCCGGCUGCUUUUAUUCCACUUUAAACACCAACAAAAGGUUAUUAAACUGUCUGUUUCUUUUCAACAAA